AUGAGCUCCGAGACUGAAAAAGUACUUGUUGGCGUGAUCGGAGGCAGUGGGCUGUAUCAUCUAGACAACCUUACAUUUGUCAAGCAUGUCAACCCCGAGACGCCGUGGGGCUUCCCCAGUUCACCCAUAGCAAUCUGCUCUCUCCCAUCUGGCACCCUCGUAGCUUUCCUCGCUCGUCACGGCACUGGCCAUACCAUCAACCCCUCCGCUGUCCCCGCGCGUGCUAACAUCGCCGCACUCAAGUCGCUCGGUGUCCGCGCUGUUCUCGCCUUUUCCGCAGUGGGCUCCCUGCGCGAGGAGAUCGCCCCGGGCGACUUCAUCCUCCCCACGCAAAUCAUCGACCGCACGAAAGGCGUGCGUCCCGCGAGCUUCUUCGAGGGCACGAGCAUCGUAGCACACGCAGCUUUUGGUGAGCCGUUUGCACGCGGUCUAGUCGGUUGGUUGGAAAGCCGCGUGAGGGCCGUGCUGGAGGAGGACGGACAGGCCGCGGUGCUGGCGGGCAAGCGCGCGCCGCAGCUGCACACAGAGAAGUGCAUCGUGUGCAUGGAGGGCCCGCAGUUCUCGACGCGGGCGGAGAGCAGGAUGUACCGUGCGUGGGGCGCGGAUGUGAUCAACAUGAGCGUGCUUCCGGAGGCGAAGCUCGCGCGGGAGGCUGAGCUCAGCUACGCCCUCAUUGCGACUUCGACGGACUACGACUCGUGGCGCGAGGACGAGGCCUCUGUGACCGCCGCGGAGGUAUUCAAGACUCUGCAGGAGAACGCACGUCUCUCGCGCCAUGUUGCGGCGCGGAUACUCGAGGAGCUGCACGGCGCCACAGUCGAAGGGAGCCUGCUCAAGGAAGAGCAGGGGUCCAUGCAGUAUUCAAUCAUGCCACGGUCGGAGCAGCAAAAGGAAGAGGAUCGCCAGAAGCUGGCCUAUAUCCUGCCCACCUACUUCAGCUGA